UUCAUCAUGGCGCCGCGCUCAAAGAUAUCUGAAAACGAGUUUGAGUGAAGUUGGAGGUCGCGGUUACGUUACGUAUUCGUCUCCUGUGGCAUUUUACUAACGAGCAGUGUAUUUUUUUCGUAACUGCCUUGCGCAAAGCGAAUAAGGUGUGUGAAAUGGCGCAGGGUCCUUCCCUCUUUCCGGCGUAUGCAACUACGAAAGCAGCAACAUCGGAGAGCGACUCCAGGGCGGUGUUGUUUCCAAGUUUCAGUUCGUCAUCACCACUAACGCAGGACAGGUCGGACCAGUCAGCGCCUUCAGAAAGUGCACUACCGGAUUGGCUCUGCAAUGCUAGCUAUGAUCCUGCCCUUCAGGACCUGCUCAGGAGACUGUGCCUGGUUUGGAAACGCCUGCAUGGACUGCGUCUACUUUUUUACUCCUGCAUCCACGUGAUCCGGAAACCUUCUGCGGCGCUGAUGGCGCCGACGUCGACGACUGGCUGGAGAUGUAUGAGCGGGAGACCCGAGCAGCAGCAGGAUGCAGAGGAGGAAGAGUCGUCUGAAAGUGAGGAAUCGAGUGACGCAUCAGUGGCAGGCCACUCACCCAAGUCAGGUGAGGCUGCCAGUGAUAGCUUGUCAACUGGAGAAAGACGGGCCAAGCGUCAACACCACAAAGAGCGAAAGAGAACCAAGCGAAGAAUGGCCGAGGCAGCUGUACAGCCAGUUCCUGAAGGAAGAAGACGCUUCCGCUUUCUGUUGGGCAUUGCUGGGGAGGAGCACUUCUGUGUGGACCCCAAGCCCCAUCGCAGCCUGCUAGCCUUUGACUGCCUGCCCUUCAACGAGCUGGCUGUCUUCCCCCGAGGCUGGCGGUGUGACACUGUACCGUUGGAAGCACGGGGUCAUCAAAAGAAGAUUCACCGCUACUGGCACCGCAAGGCCUUCCCACCUUCCUGCGUGGCCAAUGUUGCCCAGCCACGGCUUCCCUUCACCCACAGUGAGCACAACCUGGUCUACGUCCCCGUGUGUGACUUUCUCCCAAGUCGGGCUGGGAAUGGUGACGUUGACCCGCUGCGCAUCCAUGAUGCCUCCACCCGUAGCUACCUGCAAGGGCUCGCAGCACGGGGCAGCGAGGAGCUGCAGCCCACAACCGAAGUGCUGCCCCUUCUGUGUCCGGAGGCAGCGGAGAAGCACCGUUCGCUGACCAAUCGACUGCGUGACGCACCGGAGGACGAGCGCGCCUGGCUGGACUUGGCUGCCUUCCAGGACGAGUACGUGGCAGCCAUGGAGGAAGCCUCUGGGGUGUGCCGCACGCUCGGGCGAGCAAAGGCGAUUCGCGAGAAGAAGCUGCAGGUGCUGGAGCAAGGCCUUCUCAGGACUAAGGGCUCAGUGCCUCUACACUUGCAGAAGAUACAGGUGCUGUUGGAAUGCGGAGAGGAGGCCCGUGCAGUGAAAGCCUGGGAGGAGCUGCUCAGAGUGCACCCGGGAAACUCUCGGCUCUGGCUGGAGCAUGCCCGCUUUCUUCAGUCCGAGACCACGCUGUCGGGCUUCGAGGUGGCGGCAGCCAGCAGGGGCUACAUGCGGGCCCUGGCUUGCUUCCGCGACAUGCUCGAGGGACGGAGGGCCACACGAAGGGAGCCCCUUGACGUUGAGGCAAACAUUGUGGAGGUGUCACGCCAGUAUGGAGUGUUUCUCUGCCAGGCCGGCCUGUGGGAGCGGGCAGUCGCCACAUUCCAGGCACUCGCCGAGCUGAGCCUGCGCUGUCCACCGCAGCUGAGCGAGGCCCCCCUCAGCGAGGCUUUGGCCCUGCUCGAGCCCUUCUGGGACAGUGGCGCCCCUCGGUUUGGCGACCGAGGUGCUCUCGGCUGGGCCCACCUCAUGCAGCUGGGUGGCCAGGCAGCCCUGGAGGCAGCCACAGCGCAGCAGGGAACACAAGGUGAGGAAUGCCAACGGCUAGAAGACGACAUUGUAAGCCGGCGGCCCAGCUUGGCCGAUGCGUGGCUAGCGCUCGAGAGUCUGCGUGACCUGCACCAGUGGCAGCCGUACCGCCCUGACCUGGCCUCGGAGGAGGUGACCUCGGAAGACCCCGAGCGCAUGGUGCUCUUCGAGGACGUGGGGCCCGCCCUGUUUCGGCUGCGACAGCCAGCCGCCAAGCUGCACCUGUUUCGGGCCUGGUUUUCGCUCCUGCUGGGUUUGGAUCCGCAUCAGAGCCGGGCAGGCCAGUUCGGCCUGGCCGAAGCGGACUGCUUUGAGCGGCUGCCCGGCGUUAACCUGAGGAUGGCGACGCACUUCAGUGAUGCACUGAGCUUCCCGUCAGGCUGGGAAGUACGGCAAGGUGUGGCGGACUUUGUCCACGAAGUUCUUAGCCAAGCCAAGCCACACUUUGUGGAGCCGACCCUUGGCGACGAGCUGGCACAAUUGGCACUGCGGUUGGCACGGUUGGCCACUACCUGGGAUGCCCGCAAGCGCAAGAAGUGUGCCAAAGCCUGGCUGGCUGACCCGGGCCACGAACGGAACCUCGACUUGUGGACAGAAUAUGGCCUCUUGCUGAUCGACCUGGGCCAGCCUCAGGAGACACUGGCUGUCUACGAGAAGGCACUGGACACGGUAUCACAGCCCGGGGCAUUGGCUGGUUGCCGUGGCGAUGUCUGGCUCCUGCUGGCCACAUACCUUAACCUACAAAUGGGAGUCCUCUGGUACGAAGAAGAGACACCGAUUGUUGAUCGAAAGCCGUUUGGUCGUGACGAAGGACUGUUGGCACUCUCAUGGCUUGACUCUGGCCGCAAGUUUCGGGAGGUGCUUUCCAGUCGGCUGCAGCCAUCAGCACUUCUCAGGGCUGCUGCUGCCAUUGAUAACCGCUGCAGAGACCCCGCUGGCCGGACUGCCGGUGCCAUAGAUGUGGCCUUGUGGAUGAAGUUUUUCUCCUCAGGCUUCGGCGCCGUGUCUGCAAUCGUAAACGAAUGGCUUGAUGCUUGCACGAAGGAUGAGGAGGCGAGGUCCACACAGAUGGCUGUACACACUGCGUUUAUACGAAUCUGCACCUAUGAAGUGCGUUACAGCAAUGCUCGGAGGGCUGCUCUGUCCAUGGCCCUGCUGCAGGCGCUUGAAGAUAUUCCCAAUGCCACCAUGUUUAUGUGGCAGUGGGUGUCAUUGUCCUCUGGAUCCCUGGGAGCUUUGCGUGUCCGCAGAUACUUGGACAGCCUGUUGCAGAAGGAUCGCUCACCCCUGACUUGGCUUGUGGCUCUCUGCUUUGAGCUGCAGAGGGCACAAGUGCUGGCCAAGUACCGCACGCCUGAUGCGAGCUUCACCUUGCCCAGUUGCCGCAAUCACGUGCGACGAGUUCUAGAGCGGGCAAUCGAACUGGUAGCCCACAGGCGCUGCCCUCUUCUCUGGAGGCUCUACAUUGAGCUAGAGCUGAGGCUUGGAACCAGGGAGUCUGCAAAGGCAAUCUUUUACAGAGCCCUUCAGUGCUGUCCAUGGGCCAAGAGAUCACCACCUAAAGGUACAUGUUCCACAGUGCCGGACACACCAGUACUUGAAUUCCUUCGUGCCAACAACUGCUUCGGGCCGAAAUCACCUGCCCUCCGGUCAUCACCAUCAACGAUCCUGCGAAAUUCAAGGAUACUGUCUUUAUUGUAUUUUUUCUCACUCCUCUCUAAUGCCUGACCGGCCCUGAGAGCAAUAAAACGAAAAAAUGAAAAGUUGUUAUGGUGAAUGUUUAACAGUGCAAACAGAUGAAUGACAAGACGAGUAGGUGACACAAGUGGGUGCCUACCUACUCGUCUUGUCCUUUGUCUGUUUGUGCUGUUAAAUGUUCACCAUGAUGUAGAACCAACUAGCCCACCAACAAGUCAUAUGAAAAGAAGUUGCCAAUUGAGGCUGUGUUAUU